AUGGCAUCAUCAGAGAACCAAGACAAAAAUUUAAAUUGUCUAGCAGACAUCUGUUUAAUACCCAUUGGUAAAGGAACACCAAGUGUAUCAGAUGAAGUUGCAAUAAUAACUCAAUUAUGUCAAAAUCAAACAAAAGUUAAAACUCAUUUACAAUCAAGUGGAACAGUAUUAGAAGGUGAUUUUGAUGAUGUAAUGGCAUUAAUUAAAAAAUUUCAUUUAGUUUUACAUGAUAAAGGGAUAGUUAGAAUUCAAAGUGAUAUUAGAUUAGGUUCAAGAAUUGAUAAAUCUCAAACUCCUCAAGAUAAACUUGAUAUUGUUUAUAAAAAAUUAAAAGAUCUUAAAUAA